AUGAAGAGACAUGUCGUUUUGUCUCUUCUUUUGUAUUUGAUAGCAGUGGAGUCAAAAUUAUCUAGACGAUUCAAGCGACAAACUAUUCCAUCACAACAUAUCAAAAUUCAUUCAAUUGACUCAAAAGUAAACAUGGACAGGUUUAUAAAUGUGGCAUCGAUGGAUUCUAGGAUACAACUGUUAGAAAAAAAUGUAAAUGGAACUUUCUGGAGUGCGAGUUCCAAAAUGCAGUUUGACGCGUACGACUCAUUUGUCAACGCAUCCUUCAACUCUCAAUAUUUUCACAUAGACAUUGCUCAGUGCGAACUUCUUUUUGGUAAUUCCCUAGAGAGUUUGCUUUACAUGACAACCAAUAGAACAUCAGAUGGACACAGUUAUCUUACAUUUUCAUUAUAUGACAACGCAAAUAUGACACUGGUAGAGGAGGGAAUCGAAUUUCAGGGAAUCAAUGGAAGACGAAUUUACGUGAAAAGUGAAACGUGGGUUCGGCCUGUUGAGAAAACCAUAUCGUUGGGCUUGAGUGACAAUGCUAUUGACGGAGAAACAGCCGUGGAACUUACAAUUGUUGCUCCUGUCCACAACACAAACGUACGUUUUGUGGGAGCUGAAAUUCUGAUCAAGUACGGACCAAAUGUAGUGAGCAUAGACCCGAACUUUCAAAAAGUGAUAGUGUACAAUGAUCGAUAUAGCUACUGUCUUGACACAAAGUCUCCAGGAAGUUUACAUGUGACAUUUGGUAAUGGUCUCAUUAAUUUAAUUGGUGGAUCUAGUGACUUCAAUGUAGUAAUUUCGCCAGUUGAUGCUACAGUCAAUGCAAGAUAUUUAUCAAAAACUCAAAUCGAUAGAGGAGAUGGUCCCAUUUUCAUAAGCGGAGUCCCAAUCUAUGAAACUGGUAUCACAGUGAACUCCCUCUUGUUGAUACUUACACUGAAUAACAAUGGAAUGCUACAUGCAGAUUGCACGGGCGCCGAGACACUGUUGAAAACAAGUAUUCAGAAUGUUGGGUUGACUACUGAGCAUCAGGAAAUUCGUAUCAAUGGUGGAGUGCCAGGGUUGGUGAUCGAAUCAGGAGAUGUACGAUUUGAGGUCACAAAACUAUCUGGUCCAAUGGCAUUCACUUAUUUACCUGGAUUCACCUUGCCAGAAGACAGAUUCGAAAACAUUGGCCCAUACUCAGAUAACUCAACUGUCACCCCGCUUGUCUUCCCUAACCCUGAGCAUUUGAAUUACACUGAAUUGGCGACUGACUGCAAAGGAAAUACCAUUAACUUCAACAUCACCAACAAUCUUAACACUUCCACUGGCUACCAUCUUGUCACAUUUCCAACUGUCGGAAUACCGGGACACGAACAAACCACAACUUCAAAGAUGCCAUCGACAGAUGAUGAUUACAUAACACCAGAGAUGUCAUCUACGGCUUCAAUGGAAAUAACACUUUCUACUACUUCAGACCUUACUAGCACUUAUCCGAGCACUUUUACAAGCAGUUGGUCAACAGAAUCAACCGUUCUAACAACUCAACAACAAGAUACGACCACUUCUGUGAUAUUAGAAACAACAGAAGCAACAGACGCUGCUUCAUCAUCUCUAUCACCUGAUGAUGUGAGCACUCAAUUAACAACAGAAGCAACAACUAGUGUUGUGUCAAGUGUCCCACCGGACAGUUCCACAUCUAAAGGGCCUCUUGAAACAACCACAGAGGAAACCUCCACAGUUGAGGGACUAACAGAAUUUUCCACUUUAGAUCCUAAUUUGUUCACAACUACUGAUAACAUUGUGUCUGUAACAACUAACGAAAUUCUGACAACAACGAUAGAGGAACAAACUACAACAUUGCCAGAAGUGUACUCUACAACUGAAACACCAACAGAAAAUCCACUAACAACAGUGACUGAGCAAACUGUUACAGAAGCCACCACUCCAAUUAGUUUACAGUCUUCCACAACAGCAUCUGAACUUGAAAGCACUACAAUGGAAGCUGCGACAACUACAGAAGUUCCAAUGGAGACAACAACAAUAAGUGUGACAACGGAUGGCUAUCCACUACCAUCACAACUAUCGACAGACGAUUUUGUAAUUGGCCACUGGUUCAGCACGGAAGAAAUGAAAAUCGAAACCACCACGGAGCCGUCUGAAAUCGGAAUUACUGUAUCUCUAGGAAAUGUGGAUUUUGUGACACCUACCCCGACUGAUGAUGGAAUCCCAAUUCCGAAUGAUUUGAAUAUUAAUUCAGAAAGUUCGACAACCUCGACUGCAUUACCAAUUAUCAGUGCGACACUGGAAGUUGGAAAUUCGGAAGAUGGCUUCCCGGAACCUUCGAGACUUCCGCAGACUGAAACAACGCCAAGAAAAGAGAAAAUGUUGAUCUUGAAACUGCAAGUACCCGACGAGAUUGAUGUGAAUUCCGUGCAAUUCAUCAAGAACAUCACGGCCAGUUUGCGAAGACUGGUUCGAGAUGUGUCGACAGAAUUGAGGAAACGCAGGAAACGUUCACUCAACGUGACUUCAAUUGAUACGAGGCAAUACCAUGCAAUACCAAUUGCAGAUUCAGACGACGUACAAAGUAUACCCAUCAAGGUUGAAAACAUCACCAAAUCCUUAAACAUAACUGUGGUCAUUUUCGCUUUAGAAUUUGACCCAGUUGUGAGCAAUGGAGAAGAAGAGCUGGAAAAAGCUCUUCAUGAAGUAGACACCUAUAAUUUGCACAGAUAUUUUUCUUUUGAGCCCGUGGAAAAAAUAUCAUUCGACAGGACGCUUGUAAACGAGGAGAAGCUGCGUGAAGUGCUGUUAGCUUCGUUUGUAGCAUUAUUCCUAUUUGUUAUAAUAGUUGUGUUUUAUUUGAAGAAGAAGGGUGUUCUGGAACAGUUAUUCCGGAAGCUGGACCGAAUGAAGUGUAACACCCUUUCUACCCAACCAAGUGCUUUCUCUCCAAACUCGCCAAACUGAUUUUUUUGCGAAAAAUCACCAUACUGCCAGUAUAAACAUGAAACAUGACAUAUGAGUAUUGUAUUAGAAUAUCGUAUUAGCUUCAAAUUGUGAUACAUAGAAAAUGAAUUAUAUCAUUAA